AUGGGGGGUAGUGCGAAUGCCGACAGCGAAGCUUGGUCUGCGCUAACGGCUGCUGAAGAACCAGCGUAUGGAGCAUGGCAGGAUGACAGUGCUUCAUUGGAGGCUUUCGGUGGCUCCCUCGCUGAAGGUCCUCCCGAUGCCAAUGUGGCGACCGACGCUCAGGUUGCCAGCGACGCUGGUUCGAAUGCGUCACCGCGUUCGGAAGGCUCCCCAGCUUCAGAUGACAGCGCACCACCGAAAGCCUGCGGUGCUUCUUCCAACAUCCAAGCUGAAUCAGGCGCUGCCGUAGUCAAAGAAGCUGUGGUCGAGGGCACUGACGGACCGCGCGAAGAGCUCGAUCUGCCGUCGCCGACCAGGUCCAGCAGGCGCGCUUCGUGA